GUUACUUUGACGAGGCUCGGCGGUUUCGAGGUUCAGAUAGGCCCCAGACUUCAUUCAACACACCCAGUCUCUGUUCUCGGUGAGGCUCGAGGCGACCGACUGCUGCAGGUUGUUGCUUGUCCGCUACAAAUCCUGACGCAGCACUCCAACUAAACCUGUUCCUGUGACUGGCCAUCACCUACCUACCUCGAACGAUAACUGCCGCCAAGUCAAUUAAUUCAUGUAGUAGACCUCGGUAUUUCCACAUUCCUGGAACCAUACCAUCGCUGCUACCAUGCGCUCACGGAACGCGAAGGCUCUUUGCACCGCCACCUACCAGCUAGCUGUUCGGAGCAUCACGCGCAACACUGCAAGGACCAAGCCUGGAUUCUCAUUAGUCGGAAGCUGCAGCACCCCAACCGUCCGCAAGAGCAUCGUCCUUCGCCGAUUAUAUUCAUCCCACUCCCGAACCCGCACACCCCGCCCUGAACAUGCACCAGUGAACCAGCAGCUGUUGAUCUCGUCCAUGUCCGUUCGUCGUUUCUCGCUCGCCCUUGUCUCCGGCCUUGUUGGCUACGGCGCCUGGUAUUCAUACAGAGACAGCAGCACCGAUUCAACGGCCGCCACCCGCGCCUUCACCAACAGUGCCACCAACCCAACCAAAGCCGGAGUCGACGGCGCCGCGACCACGCGGAAUGUGCUCGUCAUCACCGCCGACGAGCUGUACACGAGCACAUUUGUCGGCGAGGGUCCCAUUUCCAAGGUCAUUGACGAUGAACGACGCAUGGUUGUCGAGAUGUUGAACCCGGAACAGUCAACACAGAAACUGCGCAAGAAUGAGCAGUCCUACAUAGUAAAUCGCGGUCAGGGUGUCGUCCGAUAUGACCUGGUGCAGUUGCCUAGCAACGACCCCAUUGAGGACGACCACGCUGAGAAGAUUGUCGAGGUUCCAAAUGGAUCGCAGCCUUCUUCAAAGAAUGACUGGAUGUUCUGGGGAGUCUUUGAUGGUCACUCUGGUUGGACAACCUCGGCCAAGCUGCGCCAGGCUCUCAUUGGCUCUGUUGCCCGCGAGCUUAACGACACAUACCGUGCCGCCCCUGGUAUGACACCGACUCCUGAGGCCAUCGAGGCUGCUAUGAAGACGGGUUUCGUCCGCCUGGACGAUGAAAUCGUCAACCAGAGUGUGGAGAAGGUCCUCAAGCAGAACAACAAGACGGUGGCCGCCGAGCUACUCGCACCCGCCCUCUCAGGCUCGUGCGCCCUUCUUUCAUUUUACGACAGCAGCACCGGACUCCUUCGCGUGGCUUGUACGGGCGACUCUCGCGCAGUUUUGGGCCGUCGCUCUGCCUCUUCGGGCAAAUGGACGGCAACGCCGCUCUCCACCGACCAGACUGGCGCCAACCCCGAGGAGGCCGCCCGUAUGCGAAAGCAACACCCUGGAGAGGAGCACGUUGUGCGGAAUGGGCGCGUGCUUGGCGGCCUCGAGCCCACCCGUGCCUUUGGUGAUGCCAGCUACAAGUGGACGCGGGAUAUUUCUGAGCGGCUGAGACGCUCCUUCUUUGGACGAACGCCAUCCGCUCUGCUGAGAACUCCCCCUUACGUCACUGCUGAACCGGUAGUUACAACUACCAAGAUCGAGCCCCAGAACGGGGAUUUCCUCGUAUUGGCGACCGAUGGUCUCUGGGAGAUGCUGACCAACGAGGAGGUAGUAGGCCUCGUCGGCAAGUGGUUGGAGACCCAGCAAACCGGUGGCUCGGGCUCGUCCUACUGGUCCAAGAUGUUUGGUGGCAGCUCAACGAAGAGUGGACUGCCCGUGGAGGCUGUUGGAGCCAAGGACUCUGCAGAUGGCCAGAAGACGCCCAUCCGCGUGCAGCAGUGGGGUCUCUCUCCCGACGGAAAGGAUAGGUUUGUCGUCAAGGACAAGAACGUUGCUACCCAUCUCGUUCGCAAUGCCCUUGGUGGCAAGAACGAGGAGCAGGUGUCUGCUUUGUUGACCCUGCCAUCUCCAUUCUCCAGGAGAUAUCGCGACGACUUGACUGUACAGGUCAUAUUCUUUGGCAACGAAGGAGAGAAGACGGGAGAUGUCGUUGUCAACGAAGAGGCCACUUCUAUGCCCGGUUCCUCGUCACAACCUGCGGCAGCUAAGGCAAAGCUCUGAGUGGCUUUUUUUCUUACUAUGGGUUUCAUUCCUUAUGUCCAGCAAUCCUAGCGUAGGCGUUAUAUGAUUAAAUCGACAAUGAUGCUAUAGUCAAGUUUUAUUGAAUUGAGGUAACCGGCACGCAACGUGACGUUCUAUCAUCACACGGGUGUUUGGGCCAACUACAGCAUUAUUAAAUAGUUUAGUUGCGUGGUUCAUCGUCGCGGUUGUACAUGUAGUUAGUAUACAAUAAAGAAU